AUUAACAUUUUUUUCCAGUUGUUGACUUUGUCAUUUUUUUAAUGUUCCAGUUAAUGGUUCUCAUUGUAUAUUAGUGUCUGAUUAUAGCACUAAUUUUGCACGUCAGCGAGUGCUAUAAUUGUGCUGCAUUAUAAAAGCAGGACAAUUAGAGUUUUCUCAGCAAAACAGGGAAAGAGUCAGUGAAAGCUCGACAGAUCCAUUGAAAAGAGAGAAAGUUUGAGUCCAGCAUGCAGUGGCAAGCAUUCGCAAGUGUCGUGUGUCUGUUGUUCAUUGUAACUGUUCAGGGAGUUGAACCACAGGAGGAACGAAUGGGUCUGCAGCUGAACAGGGAGAUGGUAAAGGACAAGAAACGCCUGAUUGCGAAGCUGCUGGCGGGAUUGUUGGACGUGGAUGACAAUCUGUUAGAAAGUGUCAUCGCCCCAUUGGGUCUGAGCAAAGAAGAGGGGACUGAUUUCGAGGAGAGAUCAGCUGCCGGUGAAAUCCCUCCCAGAAAACCGAAGGCAGGGUGCAAACUGUUCUUCUGGAAAACCUUCUCGCACUGUUAGUGGAUUUGUCAAAGAUAAACAUUUUUUAAAAAUCCAGUUUGUGUUUUCCUGUUGAUAUGUAAACACUUCCCCCCCCCCCACU